CUCUCUGCAGCGCCGAGGCGAGUUGACGCGGCGUCGAGGUGGCUCCGAUGUUCAGAGAUUGCGCGAGCUGUGCGUAGGUUCAGCAUUGCCGCCAUCAGAAGAUUAUCCAGCUGCGUUACUCGACGCCGGAGAUCAUCGCCGCCGUUGCGUGUGCCUGGCCGACGAUGACGCUCCGACGGAGACCUGUCAAUGCUCGGCGCACACCACAUCCAACUCCUACAAGCGGCCUCAGCCCGAAGGCCGAUGCGAAGCAAGCAGCCCAGAUGUGCUCGGCCGUCGGCCGUGCACAUUUCCUCUGUCUCCUCUUUCCCUCUCUCCUCCUCUCUCCCUCUCCCGUCUCUCCCUCCAUCUCCCCUCUCCCUCCCCCUACUCCAUGUCCACCCCCGCCCCCAUAGCCCAAUACCGCGCGCAAAUCAUGAAAGACGGCCUCGCCCCCGCACUCCUCUGGCACGCGCCGGACGCAGCCACGCGCCUGCGGAUCCAUGCGAUUGCGAGCCGGAUCGAGCCCGAUCUCGUGCUCGACCCGGCGUAUACGGGCCUCCUGCAGCGCGAGAUGGGGUUACGGGAGCUGAGCGAGGGCGUCGAGGCGUUGCUUGUGGCGCGGGAGGCGGCGCGAACCGCGGGCGUUUCCGAGACCUCUGAGCCCGACGCCGCCGCCGCCGCCGCCAAGCCCCGUUCAUUGUUCGCGCGGCUGUUGUGUAUGGCAUAG